AGUGUCGCCUGUCGUGAAUGAAUGUGAGAACAUGUGGAAGAGAAGAGAAACAGAAGAAGAGAAACUGAAGAAGAAGAAGAGAGAAAGAAGAUAAACAAGGAAACAACAUAAAUUAUGACGCCUGAAGACACAUGACGUCCUGCUAGCAGCUGUUUACAACAGCUAACAGCAGCUAACAGGCUAGCAGCUGUUUACAACAGCUAACAGCAGCUAACAGGCUAGCAGCUGUUUACAGCAGCUAACAGCAGCUAACGAGCUAGCAGGUGCUAACAGCAGCUAACAGGCUAGCAGCUGUUUACAGCAACUAACAGCAGCUAACCAGCUAGCAGGUGCUAACAGCAGCUAACCAGCUAGCAGCUGUUUACAGCAGCUAACAGCAGCUAACCAGCCAGCAGGUGCUAGCAGCAGCUAACCAGCUAGCAGCUGUUUACAGCAGCUCUCAGCAGCUAUCCAGCUAGCAGGUGCUAGCAGCAGCUCCCCAGCAGCAGAGGAAGCAGCCAUGGCUCAGGCCGGAGCUCACCUGACGUCUACCGCCGGGAACGAGCAGCCGUCCAUCUUCGAGGUCCUGGCGCAGGAGACUCUGAUGGACGCUCUCAAACCUGCACUGAGACACGCCCUCAAGGUCCUGGCAGAGUGCAGCCCGUCUCGUUUUGGCGUUCUGUGGCGAAGCUUUGAUGAGCUGUACCUGCUGCUGGACCUCCUCCUCCAGAACCACUUCCUGUCCCACUGCAGCGCCUCCUUCUCUGAGAACUUUUACGGCCUGAAACGAGUUUCAGGUGGGCGGGGCUUCCCUGUCCGCCUGGGGCUGCACAGGAAGUCACACUGGCGAUCGCUUCUCCUUCUGUGUCUGGUGCCGUACCUGCGGGCCAAGCUGGAGGCCACACUGGCGAAGCAGAGGGACGAGGAGGACUUCUCCAUCCAGCUGGCGCGGUCCAGGGGCCGGAGGCUGUACCGGGCGGCGCUGGCAGCGUACCCGUACGUCAGCUCCGCCUGGCAGGCCGCGGCCUUCUGCCAGCAGCUGCUCUUUGUCUUCGGAGUCUCGAAGACCCACAGUCCUCUGCUGUGGUUCGCCAGGGUGAGACUGGCACGACUCAACGCCCAAGACGUCAGAGACAUGGAGCUGAAGGGCAGCGACACCAUCAACCUCACGGACAAGAGCCUGGUGAUGAGGGCGUGGUGGGUGAUGUCACAGGCAGCGAGGGGCGUGGCCCUCUCCCUCUCCACCUCCCUGUCCAUGGGCGUCUUCUUCCUGCAGUUCCUGGAGUGGUGGUACUCCUCCGACAACCAGAGCACGGUGAAGACCCUCACCUCCCUGCCUGCUCCUCCGCCCCCCCUCCACCUGCAGGAGGAGGCUCCUCCUCCAGGCUCCGACGCCAGGAACUGUCGUCUUUGCCGAAGACUCUGCACCAACUCCACCGUCCUGUCGACCUCGGGCUUCGUGUUCUGCUACCGCUGCGUCUACAUGUACGUGAAGGCAAAGCGCCGCUGCCCGGUCACCGGGUUUCCCACCGAGCUGCAGCACCUCAUCAAGAUCUACUCACCUGAGAGCGGCUGACCGGUUCUGACUCUGAAGGGAAGAGAGAACUUUAAUAGAGCUCUGAGCAGAUGAUGACGAGUUCUCGAGCUGAACGUUGAGAAGCUGCAGGGAGAAGAACAAUGUUUUCACUUUGUACAACAUGGACUCACCAUUUUUUUCUGUCAGUGACGUGAGCAGAUUUAUGUGAAGCCUAAAUUAUAAUAAAUACUAAAUAUUUUUAAAAAUCUACAAUAAAUCUGUGUUAAUAAAAAAUGUAUCUGAUCUAGUGAUUCCAGAUCUGAUGAGUUAGCAUGAAGCUAACAGUCUGCUAGCUGUAGCAUCACAUUUAGUAAACAAUUUGUCUCAUCUGAAAAAGGUAAGAAAGGAAAUAAAAGCAUUUUACCAGAA